AUGUCUUUGUGCCCCACCUUUCUUUGUUUGGACACCAAUAUAAUAAAUACUUUUUCUGUUUUUCCUUUUUUUCUCCUUCCUUUUUUCUUUCUUUUUCACUCUUUUUUUCCUCUUUUUUCUUCCUUUUUCGUUUUCUCUUAUUUUCUUCUUCGUUUUUUUUCUUAUCUUUUUUAUUCUUUUUUUUGCUUAGCUUCGCACGCUUUGUGCUUCCAGCUGUAUCUAUCUAUCUAUCUAUCUGAACCUCUUCAGAUCUAUCUAUCUAUCUAUCUAUCUAUCUAUCUGAACCUCUUCAGUUCUAUCUAUCUAUCUAUCUAUCUAUCUAUCUAUCUAUCUAUUCAAUUCGCUGGAUAUGAAAUUUCUAACAAACAAUUUAUCCUUCCUUCCUUCCUUUUCUUUUCUUCUACCCUUUUCCUUCGUUUUUCUUUCUUCUUUUCCUUUCUCUCCAUUUCCUUUCUUCUUUCCUUUUCCAUUAUUUUCCUUUCUGCCUUCCUUUUUCUUCAUUUUCCUUUCUUCCGUUCCUUUGUUUCUUUCUUUUGCUUUCUUCUCUUUUUUCUUUCCUUUUCCUUCCUUUUCCUUCCUUUUCCUUUGUUUUUUUCCUUUUUCAUCUUUCCUUCCUUUUCCUUCCUUUUCCUUUCUCUUUUUCUUUUUCAUCUUUCCUUCCUUUUCCUUCCUUUUCCUUUCUUCCUCUCUUUUUCUUCCUUUUCCUUGCUUCCUCUCUUUUCCUUCCUUUUCCUUCCUUCCUCUCUUUUUCUUCCUAUUCCUUUCUUCUUUCAUUUCCCUUACUUUUCCUUCUUUCCUUUUUCUUCCUUUUCCUUUCUCCCUUUUCGUUUCUUCCUUGCAUUUCUUUCAUUUUCCUUUCUUCCUUCCGUUUCCUUUUUUCCUUCAUUUUCCUUUUCUUCCUUGUACACUCUUUCUUCCUUUCCCUUAUUCUUUCCUUUUACAUUCUUCCUUCCUUUUCCUUUCUUUCAUUUUCUUUAUUUUUCUCUCUCUUUCACUUUCUUUCUUUCUUUCUUUCACUUUAUUUCUUUCUUUAUCUCUCUCUCUCCUUCUCUCUCUCUUUCUUUCUAA